AUGGACACAGACAAACCUCAGCAACAGUUCUCUGAAAAUUACUCUGAGGUCACGGUUAGCUCAAGUGCAGAUGUUCAAAAUCAUUCAAGAAAAGAUUCUGGGACAUCUGAGAGGGUCCGGGGCAGCCGAGGACGAGCGAGACCGUACCCUUCACCAUCCCGCAGGAGACACCGCACUAACUUCAGCAAUGAGCAGCUGGAAAAGCUGGAGUUAGCUUUCAGACAGAACCACUAUCCUGAUAUCUACUACAGAGAGGAGCUCGCGAGAGCCACCAAACUCAACGAGGCUCGCAUACAGGUAUGGUUUCAGAACCGGCGUGCCAAGCAGCGGAAGCAGGAUCGUAUCUCUCACAAAGUGCUGCCGGUGGGCAUGAUGCCAGGACGAGGUCCUCUCUUCAGCAGCAUGUGUGUGUCUUCCUCCGCCAUGGGCCAGCAGUACCAGUGUCCUCAUUCACUGCCGCACAUCCCCCGAUUCUCCUCAGUGCUGCCCCCUGGAAGAUACCCACCCCACCCGUCCUCCAGCAGUCAUUUCUUCUGCUCCUCCGGCCCUGCUCCAUCUCAAGCCACCAGACAGCCUGAUGACUGGUACAAUCAAAUGCGCACCAUCGGACCAGCCACCACAUCAGUGCUCUCAGUGGCGGCACUGGAAACCACUAGCCACUGGAACUAGAGGAAGUGCUGUAAACGCUUGUAUUUUCCAUUUUAUACAAGCAGGUACAGUCGAAAGGAUAACGUUUUUCAAUGACAAAGAAAGAUUGACAUUUUCUGUCUUUAUUAGUUGCAAUCACACAGAACAUAUUCUCUCAAUUAUUGCUAUAUUUACUUAGACAAAAAAUUAUUACAUUUAUGCUGAUUUCCUUUGUCAACACUGCACUGUGACAAUUAAACUAGGUUCAGUUCACACUGAACAUAGGCUACUGUAGACUUUAAAUGAGCACUAUUAUGAACUAUUAUGUCAUUCUCAGAUCUCAGAAUGAAAUGUACAGUACACCCAAUGAACAUUUGAAUUACAUUUCCUUUCAGUCAUCGAUAACAAUUUACAGAUUUGGUCGAAAUAAAUUACGCGGUUUACAUCAAAUGUUGUUCUUCUUCCCAUUUUAUGUAUGUAAAAUGAACAGACAUGGGUCAGUGACAAUCUUUUAAAAAUUUUGUUGAAAACAAUAUGUGCCAAGUUCGUAAAAAUGUGCUGCUCUCUGUAUUCUUGUUGGUUACAUAUAAUUUUGAGAAUUUUUUCCCCCCAAAGAAUAACAAAGAUUAUGCCAAACCACUUUCUUCUGAAAAAUUGUAUUAUUUUAAUGAAGCUUUUUUUCUUCAUUAUGAUAUCAAGAUAGUUGUAUCACCCU